UAGUGGAUCAAACACGUGUAAUUAUAUAUAUCUGCGUGUGUUUGUGUCUUAAAUCAUCUUGUUCUGAAACAGAUCUUCGUUUCCUUGAAAUCGUUCUCAUCGUCCUCCUACCAUUCGUACGUUGCUGGAGCUGAAUCUCUCAGAUUUUGGAUCGUAUUCAUGGACGGCGACGAUUUUGCCGGAAAGAUGGCUGCUGAAGCCAAAGGAUGGAACCCGGGACUAAUCGUGCUGCUUGUUGUGGGAGGUCCGCUCGUUGUGUUCCUAAUAGCUAACUGCGUGCUCUACGUGUAUGCUCAGAAAAACCUACCUCCAAAGAAGAAGAAGCCCGUUUCCAAAAAGAAGCUCAAGCGCGAGAAGCUCAAGCAAGGAGUCCCUGUGCCUGGAGAAUAGAACCCUAAACCUUAGCCUCAACUUGUUCCCUGUUCAAAGCUGGAUAAAGGUUUAUAAAAUCGGUCAUCAGACUUGACUACUUGUGGGUUCGUUUUUCUUCCUUUACUUCUGUUGCGAGGAUUGUCUUGAGUCUUCUGUAUGAUUUCUCACUUAAGAGUAGUAAGUAGAAAACCACUCUUUUGCUUUGGUAGACUUUUUUGGUCUGUUUAAGUUUUGCCUUGACACACAUUUGAUUGCAGCUGUAGAGUCUCUUUCAUCCUCUUUUGCAACAAUUUCUCAUCGUUGACCUCAUUUUUUA